AUGCGGUUCUUUUUAGGGGGCCAUGCGUGGAUCUUCUGCGGUUUGAAAAUCUCAAUUGAACAAUGCACGCAUUUCCGACCUUGGGUUUCGUUCGGCUGUGUAUAUAAACUUGAACUCAAGCCUUGGGUCUUCAGAGUUUAUCCUGCUCCCGCACAAAGCAAAUUAGAUCUCAAUAUGAAGCUGCUGCCGAUAGCAUUGGCCCUGAUCGUGGCCCUGACAGGACUCGUGGGCUGGACCAGCGCCAUGCCUGACCCUGACCCGGUGGCUGACCCUGACCCGGUUCCUGACCCGUCAGGAUUCUUUGGCGGGGGUCGUGGCUAUGGAUCCGGCAGGGGUCACGGCGGUCACGGAUUCAGCAGGGGUUUCGGUUCCUUCGGCGGGGGUGGUCACGGCUUCAGCAGGGGUUUCGGUUCCUUUGGCAGGGGGGGCUUUGGUAGGGGCAGGGGCGGCUACUGGUAAAAAGCCCGUCAACUACAUUUGUAUUGUCCCAGAAGAAAACAAUUUGAUAUCAAAAUAAAAUCAGACAUUCCGGCUUUCCGGUUCUUCCUGUUAUGAUGUGAAAUAAAUCUUAUGCAUUUC